UGUGAAAAUAAGUACACUGUCCCAGGAGAGGAUAACAAUUAUGUGUCUAAAAUAAUCAAUGAAGAUUUUUUUGUUGAUGAUCUAAUCACUGGCCAUGACAAUCAUGAUACCCUCAUGCAAAUUUGUGAUCACAUCACAUCAGUUUUAGCCUCAGGAUGUUUUCCAUUACAUAAAUGGUUAUUUAAUACUUGCUUAAACACACCUAAUGAAUCAAGACAUUUAUCUUUAGGAGAUGAUUGUUCAAAUAAAACUCUCGGUUUGGGUUGGUUCACUCAAAGUGAUGAAUUAUAUUUCACUACCAAACUUAAGGUAAACACACACACUGUUACUAAACGUUCAAUGUUAUCUGUAAUUGCUCAGAUUUAUGAUCCACUUGGGUUGUUAUCACCAACAAUCAUAUGUGCCAAAAUCUUAUUGCAAAAAUUAUGGCUUUCCAAACUUGACUGGGAUGACCCCGUUCCUCAUGAUGUGGUUCAGUCUUGGGAAAAGUUUAUUAAAUCAUUUGACUGUUUAAAGGAUAUUCGCAUUCCUCGACAUGUUAUAGGUUCACAUAAUCAAUACAUUGAACUUCACAUUUUCAGUGAUGCUUCACAAAGUGCUUAUGGUGCUUGUAGUUAUAUACGUUCUUAUUCAGACAAUUCACCAGUGUUUAUCAAAUUGUUAUGUUCAAAAAGUAAAACAGCUCCAUUAAAAGCUAUAAGUAUUCCUCGAUUAGAACUAUGUGGAUCUUUAGUGGGUGCCAAAUUGUUUGCAAAAAUAAGUAAAUCAUUGCGACUUAAAUUUCAUAAAGUAUAUUUUUGGACGGACUCCACCAUAGUGCUUGGAUGGCUUCGCAUGUCACCACAUCUUUUAAAAUCAUUUGUACAAAACCGAGUUACUGAGAUUAAUGAUAUUGCAAGUGAAGCUUGUUGGAGACACGUUAGCAGUGGGGACAACCCUGCUGAUUUGUUAUCUCGAGGCAUGAGUUUUGAUGCGCUUGAUAAAUGUCAAUUAUGGUGGAAUGGUCCUGCUUUUUUACACAAUCAUCAUUCAGAAUGGCCACAAAGGCAUUUUACAAAAGAAGUUCCUUCAGAUUUACCAGAAUUAAAAUCUGCAAGUGUAACUGAGAUGUCACUACAUUUAAAUUUAUAUAGUGGGUUAUUUGAUUUCAAUCGGUUUUCAUCAUUUAAUCGCUUAAAGCGCAGUGCAGCCUACGUACUACGAUUUAUUCAAAAUUCUCGUACAAAACGCAAUAAUCGUUUGGUUGGUCCGCUCUCGGUUGAAGAGCUGAAUACUUCCAGUACAUUAUUGACGCGAAUAUCACAAAUACAAUCUUUUCCUUUAGAGUACAACUGUUUAACGAAAAAUUUAAAACUAAAAUCUACUAAAAGUAUUACCGGUUUAUCUAUUUUUCUAGAUAAAGAUGGGUUAAUACGCAUAGGUGGUAGACUUGCAAAUUAUGACAAUUUUUCUUACAAUAAAAAGCAUCCUGUUUUACUCGAUAGCAAACAUUGUUUCACUCGUUUGUUAUUUGCAUUUGAACAUAAAAGAUUAUUCCACGCAGGACCUCAAUUACUUUUAUAUCACAUUAGAGAUGAAUGGUGGCCUUUAAAAGGUAGAAAUUUGGCUAGACAAACAGUUCAUAGAUGUGUUACUUGCACACGUUUCAAAGGUCAAACCUUGACACCCAUUAUGGGAAAUCUACCCUCUGAACGUUUUCAAUCAGGUUUUCCCUUCAUGCGCUGCGGAGUGGAUUAUGGAGGCCCAAUUUUGAUACUUAAUCGACGAGGUAGGGGUGCGCGAUUGGAAAAGAGUUAUAUUUGCUUAUUUGUUUGUUUUAGUACUCGUGCGGUGCAUUUGGAAUUAGUCACUAGUUUAACAACUGAUGGAUAUUUACAGGCUCUGAAAAAAUUUAUAUCUAGGCGUGGAAAACCAUUAGAAAUUCACUCAGAUAAUGCCAAAACGUUUAUUGGUGCUAUGAAAGAGUUUUCCGAUUUCAUAGACAAUAAUUCAGAUGCAAUAGUAGAGUAUGCACAUGAUAAUCAUAUCAAAUUUAAAUUUAUUCCACCUUAUGCGCCUCAUUUUGGAGGUUUAUGGGAGGCAGGCAUCAAAUCCUGUAAAUUUCACUUAAAACGCGUGGUAGGCAAUGCCCAUUUAACUUAUGAAGAAUUUAGCACGGUUUUAGCCCAAAUUGAGGCUAUUCUAAAUUCUCGUCCCAUUUCCCCUUUGUCCUCUAAUUCCUCAGACCUUUUACCUCUUACCCCCGCUCACUUCCUCAUUGGCCGCCCGCUGACAGCACCAGCUUCUGAAGAUCUAACUACUACACCAUCACAUCGGUUGACACGCUAUCACAGAAUUGAACAACUCAGACAACAUUUCUGGCAACGUUGGUCUAAGGAGUAUGUCUCUGAACUCCAAACUAGAACUAAAUGGAAGAGUCCAAGUCGAGAUAUCACCGAAGACAUGUUAGUCCUUAUAAAAGAAGAUAAUUCUCCACCCUUAAAAUGGCGUCUUGGAAGAGUCACUGAAGUCUCAAGAGGCAAAGAUGGAGUAGCUCGAGUUGCCUAUAUUCGCACAUCUGAAGGCAUAAUUCAAAGGGCUUGUUCGAAAAUAUGUCCCAUCUUUCCAGAGGACGAGGACCCUGAAGAAGAAGACAUUGGAAGAGUUCUUCCAAGGCCGGGGGCAUGUUAAUGCGCAACACCGAACACAAUAACGUCAAUGUCAUCUGUCUAUCAAGUGCAAGUCAAUUCAACGUCAACCGUCAACUGUCAUUCACUACUCUGUAUCUGUAAUUAAUUUUCACUAACUGAAAAGAAAUGUACGCUUCAAAAUUAA